AUGCAGAAUCUUCUUUAUUUUUUUGCAUCCAUCAUAUUUUAUUGUUCAGUCCGAAGUCAAGAUCAUAGACAGUAUCGCCAAGUUCAUGAUGCUUCUGGUCGUCUCCAACCGCCGCCUCCUUUCAAUGAAUCCUAUCAAAUGAUUGUUUUAACCGGUGGAAAAGUUUAUGGGACUCCGGUUGAGGCCAAUACAGCAACAGAAGAUUUGUGCAUGCCUCAUCGAAAAGACGUGGUCAUGGCAGGUGGCAGAAUAUUGAGCAUGAUGGAACCAUCAAAAACGGCUGCAUUCAUUAAUUCAAUCCGAGAUAGCCAGUUGACCAUUCUACCCAUUUCUGUUCAAGAUCAAAUUAUUAUACCAGGACUCGUCGAUGUCCACGUUCAUGCCAUUGGAGGUGGCGGAGAACAAGGCCCGUAUUCUCGAACUCCUGAAAGCCAUUUAUCUCAAUUGAUAAGAGGUGGAUUGACGACGAUUGUUGGAAUACUGGGAACUGAUGGUGUUACGAGAAGUCUGUCCUCGUUGUUACAAAAAAUGAAAAGUCUGGAACAUGAUGGUCUUUCGACGUGGAUGUGGACUGGAAGUUAUCGUAUUCCAAUCGUUACACUCACCGGAUCACUUCAACAAGAUGUACUCUUGAUUGAUAAAGUCCUAGGAGCUGGUGAGUUAGCACUCAGUGAUCAUCGAUCAAGUUGGCCAUCGAAAUCUGAACUUAAACAGCUACUUAGUGAUGUACGAGUCGCUGGAAUGCUCAGUGGAAAAUCAGGUGUGAUUCACUUUCAUAUGGGUUCAGCUCCGACAAAAAUCGAUUUGCUUUGGCAAAUUUUAAACGAAACAACCAUUCCAAUUCAACACAUGUAUUUGACUCAUAUGUCAUCGCGAGGAGAUGAUCUGAUUGCGGAAGCCAGAAAAUGGAUCAAAGCCGGCGGUAUGUGUGAUUUUACUGCUGAUGCAGAAAUGCUCAAUGAAACUGACACAAUCAAUACGUUGAAUAAGUUUCGAGCAGAAAAAUUACCAUUGAAACAAAUUACAGUAUCCAGUGAUGCUUACGGAUCAUUUCCUCAAUACGAUUCUUCGGGUCGCUUAAUUUCUUAUAGUAUGGGUCUUCCAGAUUUAACUUUGAGAACGAUACAAAAUUUAGUAUUGAAACAUUCAUGGCCCGUCGAAGAAGCGAUCCAAUUUUCAACAGCAAAUCCAGCAACAUACCUCAAUUUGAAAAGGAAAGGCUUUUUGGCCGAAGGUUAUGAUGCUGAUAUUCUUGUUCUGAAUCAAACGGAUUUGUCACCGUUGUAUGUCUUCGGAAGAGGACAAAUAUUAAAAACACCAACAUGGAUCAAACAUGAUAUGUUCGAACAUAUUAGUGGAUCACCAUGA